CAAUGCGUUGUCACCGGCGAUGUCGUCUAACGCCUAAACGCGCGGGUUUUACCCUAAACAACAACAACAACAACAACAACAAAAAACUCCCAUUUUUUUCUGUGACUUGAUUUCAUGCGACUUCCUGGAUCUUUUCCCGUCAAAUGAAACGCGUCGGUUUUCCGUUGGAAAAAUUCUAAAAUUAGAAUUUUCGUCGGUCCGUGUUUCGAACGUGAAUAUGGAUCUGUUUAAUAGGCGUCUUGACGUUAAAGCGAGACCAACGCGCGACGGGAAGCUCGCGGAGCAGCUAUCGGCGUGCACCUGUUAAGCUAGAUGCUAACGCUAAUGCUAACGUCCGACCGAGGCAGCGUAUCGAUCAACGACCGCGAGCGAACCCGCUGCCGUCGACUGACGCGUCACUGGACCUUUUUUUUUUCGGUUUCCUUCCUUCACGCAGAGAAAGUUUCACAACUUUCACUUUCACUUAAGGAUCCUGUUUCCCAAACUGAACGCAAGAUGAGCGUCUGCAGGCAGAGAGCCGGCGACCUGGUGGCGGCCUACAGUCGCAGUUUGGAGCAGCAAAUUGUGGGACGAGGCUCCAACCUGGCGUGUCGAGACGAGGAGGUGUGGACGCAGGCGGAGGGCCUGCUGAGGGACGCCGACGCCCAGGAGGCCCACUGCCUGGGCCUGGAUCCGCUGAGGGUGAUGGCGGAGUCGCUUGCAGCGGCGGCGGCGGCGGCGGGCGGGGCAGCUGGUGCCGGGCGAGUCCGAACCGGAGGAGGGCUGCAAGGCCUGGAGAAAGCUUUUGAGGUCCUGGAGCAGGCGGCCCUGAACCUGUACCUCGGCCCCUGGAGGGACGAGUACAAAGUAGUGAAGAUGUACUCCGGUAUGUUCACCCACUUCAUCAAGCCGGUGCUGUCGAUGCCGCAGGUCGAGAAACUGUUCGGCCUGCUGGGCUACCAGGCCAGCUCGUCCCGGAGCGAGCAGCUUCGCCUCCAGGCGCCCGCGGGCGGCGGCGGCGGCGCCGCCUCUCCGAGCGACCUCCUCUGCUUGUCGUGUGCCUUCUUCCUGGCCCGCCGCGAGUGCCGCCUCCUGCGGGCGGCGCUGGGGAAGCGCGAGGGCGACGCCCAGUGGGAGCUGAGCGUGGUGAGGGAGCGGCAGAGAGGACACGGCCCGCAGGCCGCCAUGGACAACGCCAAGAAGAGCCUGGCUUCCGACCAGCUGAUGCAGCCUUAUGACGGAGAAGCGGAGGUGGAUCUGUACACGGACCAGCACGUCAAAGGGGGUCAGCGGGAGGCGGCUCUUUCUCCCCGACGAGGACCACCGCCUCUUUUGAUCCGGGGGCCAAGGCGGGCGUCGCUGGUCGACGCGCGCGACCACCGCGGGACCGCCGGCGCCUCCUUCCAGCCUCGCUACGCGGAGGAGCCGGACACGGCGUUCCCCGACGGCCCGACCGAGAAGGUGAGCGAGUUCCAGCCGCUGUCGCUGCAGGGCGGGGGCCUCGGGCUGAGCCCGUCGCCGCCGCCGGAGGGCGUGGCGAUGUCCUCCUUGGCCCUGUGCAGCGACCCCGAGGCCAUGAUGACCCCCCGUCACCCGUUCGCCUACCACGAGUGCUGCGACCGCGGCCAGCCGGACCCGCUGGCCCUGUGCCUCAGCUGCGGCGUCUUCCACGCCGGUUCGUGCCGGGACGUCGACUUCUGCCAGACGCACCACAACAUCAAGCCGCUGGGGGUGUGCCGCUGCGGGACGGCGUGCGCCCGCAAGCCGCUGGUCCUGUGCCGCUACUGCGGCAACGAGUACUGCAGCAACUGCUGGUACCGGCGUCCCGUCACGUGCUCCUGCGGCCAAACGUUUGACCAGUCGUCCCCCGUGUGACUCGUCCGGCGAGCGGAGUCGCAGUGCCUUAGAAUGUGCUCGGCUGGAAACGACAGUUCCGGUGUUUUCUAAAAUCGAGUGCAAUGAAUGGUGGAAUGUUGUGAGUUGCGCUCUUUUCUAUUUCACUCUCGCCCUUCACUUCUUCUACUUAUCGGCCAUAUUUACUGUUAUCAGUAUUUUAAACAUUGUGUAUUGUUACCGUUUGUGCUCCUGGGUUCCUUUUCUUUUAUAUGUGUCUUAGCGUGAAGCACAAGAACGUCUGUUUUCAUCUGUAUGAAGUAAAUAAUGGUUUCCGAGGGUCACGCCACUGUCAAAGAAUGUACAACUCUGAGAGAGAAAACCUUAAAUGUAUAUUAAUAAACCACGAGGAACGCUUGUCAAGCUCUGAUUGUUAAACGGGAGACCCGCCCAGAUGAAAAGGGGCGAGCGUAACCAAGGAAACGCCGGGAAACCUCCCCGUCAUUAAUUACUCACACAAAUGAUUCUCUGUUUUGCACAGUUACUUAAAUGUUCGUUGUUUUUUGAAAAUGAAAAAAUCCAUUAUUGCCAACUUUUCUGUAAUAAAAUGUAUUCAUCAGCCUUCGU